AUGUCGUCGAUGCCUCAAGGAGACCAGAAAUCCAAAAAGAAGAAAAAGUCCAAGAAGAAGGGCACCAGCGCGCCAGCCGCCGCGACCGACGCUCCCCCGACACUUGUCGAUCCCAGCGACACGCAGAAUGGACCGGAUGAGGAGGAUGAAGCCGACAAUGACGAGCAAGAAGCGGAGCACACUGUUAUCACCCCCGUCCACGAGGAGCCACCGGACGCAGCUCCUGGCACGGUAACUGUUGCAACAAAUGGGGUCAAAGACCUGUCAAUCGCCGAGGGCAACGAUGCCGCCGCCCGCUUUGACGCUCUGGUGAAAGACCGUGAUGCUUUACGACUCGAAGUGACUGAGCUCCGCAAGUCUCUAGAAGAACUGCAGGCCAAACAUGCUACGGAAAUUGAGGCGGUGCAGACCGAGCUGGCCGACACGCAGGCCGAAAAAGAAAACGCCGAAGAGCAAUACCAGUCCUUGUUAGGGAAAGUGAAUACCAUACGAUCGCAGUUGGGAGAGAGAUUAAAGGCCGACGCAGAGGAUUUAGCACAGGCCCGGACACGCAUCGAAGAGCUCGAAGAACAAAGAUCUGAGCUGCAAGAGCGCUACACCGCCCGCUCCGCCGAGGUCGACGAGCUCACGGCUCGAAACGCCGACCUGUCCCAGAAACAAGCCGAACAGUCCAAAGAGUUGUCCACCCUCCGCAACCGCCUGACCCUCUCGCAGCAAAAUUGGCUCAAGGAGAAAGAAGAACUCGUCGAGUCGGAAGCCUACAUGCGGGACGAAUUCGAGAACGCCAAACAGGCCAUGCACGACUGGGAAGUGCUCGCCAUGGAAGAACGCACCAUGCGGAAGGACCUGGCAGACCGCAACGCUGACCUGGAGGAACAACUCAAUUCACUCAAGGAGGCUUACGAGAAGGUCGCGAGCGAGAGGGACACCCACUCUGCCGCGGUCGACGGUCUGCAAAAGGCCCUCCAGGAGAUCCAGACGGUCCGAAAGCAGGAGCUGAAAGAACUGGUCGAAACUUCUCAGAACGAACAAGAGAUCCUACGUAAGCAGUUGUCAGAUCUCCAGGCGAUCCAUGACGCGACCGUCGCGGAGCUGGAGCAGACCAAGAAGGAACUCGAGCGAGCCCUGCCAUUCGAGAAGGAAGUCAAAGAGAAGAACCUUCUGAUCGGCAAGCUGAGGCACGAGGCGGUGAUCCUCAACGAUCAUCUGACGAAAGCGCUGAGAUUCCUCAAGAAGGGCAAGCCCGAGGAUAAUGUGGACAGACAGAUCGUGACGAACCACUUCCUGCACUUCUUGGCCCUGGACCGUUCGGACCCCAAGAAGUUCCAGAUCCUCCAGCUCAUCGCCGCCCUGCUGGGCUGGAACGACGAACAGCGCGAGCAGGCCGGUCUGGCCAGGCCCGGCACCACCACCGGGAUCUCGACGACAGCGUCCACCACCGCUACUUCGAGCUUCAAUUCCCUGCGGGGUCUGGGCUCCCUGGCUGGUGCCGCUUCCGGGUCUCCCUCCGUGCACAGGACCCCGAGCACCCCGGCCCUCAACCACCAUCCCGACUAUUUCGGCGGCGGCGGGUCUGGGCCCGAGAGCGCCACCAGUCCGCACUCGCGCGAGACCCUGGCCGACCUGUGGCAGCAUUUCUUGGAGCAGGAGGCCGCCGCGGGGAGUGCAACCAAGUCGUCGUCGAGGCAGGGCAUGCAGAGUCAGAGUCAGAGUCAUCCAAGUACAACCACGUCGGGUACAGGUCCUGGUCCAGGAACGCCUGCGCCGCCGCGAUAA